GCGAUGACGUCAUUUAUUCCGCGUUGGCCUGGACGUGGCACCGAGGAGGAGCUGCGCCCACUCCGGUUCGUCUGUGCUUGUUCCCGGUGUGUUUCCCGGCUCUGACCAGCAGCUGCUCCCGGACUCAACGGCUGACCUCUCGCCGCUCGACCGGGGACUGUCUAUUAAAAUGGGCUUGACGAUUUCGUCUCUGUUUUCCCGGUUCUUCGGGAAGAAGCAGAUGAGGAUCCUGAUGGUGGGUUUGGACGCAGCUGGAAAGACAACGAUUCUCUACAAACUGAAGCUCGGAGAGAUCGUCACCACCAUCCCAACUAUUGGUUUUAAUGUGGAGACGGUCGAAUACAAGAACAUCUGUUUCACGGUCUGGGAUGUUGGUGGUCAGGACAAGAUCAGACCUCUGUGGAGACACUACUUCCAGAACACUCAGGGUCUGAUCUUUGUGGUGGACAGUAACGACAGAGAGCGAGUAGCAGAGUCAGCUGAGGAGCUGUCCAAGAUGAUCCAAGAGGACGAGUUGAAGGAGGCGGUUCUUCUGGUGUUUGCUAACAAACAGGAUCUUCCCAACGCCAUGGGAGUCAGCGAACUCACCGACAAACUGGGUCUGCACAGCCUGCGCAGCAGAACUUGGCAUGUUCAGGCCACCUGUGCCACUCAAGGUACAGGUCUGUACGAGGGUCUGGACUGGCUGUCCAACGAGCUGUCGAAACGCUAGACCACUGGACAGGUAACAGGAAGCAGCAGACUGAUGUCAUCAACUGAUGUCACCACGUACAAACUGAUGAAGAGGGGGAGGACGAGCGGGAGCGUUUCACGGGACUGUUUUUGUUUUGUUUUUUUUUUAACUUAUAAAUGUGUCUGUAGGAGGAAGUGAUGUCAUGGACUCAGAUCUCACAUGGAUUUCCCAUCAUCCUUCUUUUCUUCCUGCAGAUGUUUGUUAGAUCUGUUUUUUCUUUUAAUCCGCAUGUUUUAACUUUAUCAUGUGACAGGAAGUGGAUCAGGAGGGGCAGGGUUUGUGGCAGGUGACAGUUACCUGUGGGGGGCAGGGGGCGGGGUUACCUUCAGGUGACUGUUACCUGUCAGGUGAUGACUCAUUCCACAGAGCUGAAGCCGAAGGCCUCGUCAUUCCUUAUCAGUGUGAAGAAGAAGAAGCAGAGACGAUGAUGCAAUAAAGGUGUUUUUCUUCUCA